GUGAAAACACAAAGGGUUAAUGAAGAUGGGCCGGAAGUCUUUCAAAGGAUAUAUGUGUGCUUUGGAGCACUAAAGCAGGGAUUCUUAUCAGGAUGUCGUCACGUUUUAGGACUAGAUGAUUGUUUUCUUAAAGGCAUGCUUAAGGGUGAAAUCUUAAGUGCAGUGGGCAGAGAUGCAAAUAAUGAAAUGUACCCUAUACCAUGGGCGGUUGUAGAGAUUGAGAAUACUGACUCAUGGCGAUGUUUUUUAGAUCUUCUCAAAGUAGACAUUCAAAUUAACAAUUCCUUUCAUUGGACUUUGAUCACUGAUCAACAAAAGGGCCUAGUAAACGUCAUCAAGGAGUUGUUCCCGAAUUCUGAGCACAGAAACUGCUGCAGGCAUAUCCAUGCGAAUUGGAGUAAGAAACAUCGGGGAUAGAUCAUGAAGAAGCACUUCUGGAUAUGUGCUAGAUGCACCACACAACCUGACUUUCUUGAACAAAUGAAUGUUCUGGAAAAAAUUGAUUGCACGACCAUGCAGAUUUGGAUCUUUAUGAUCCUCGUUAGUGGUGCAAAGCUUUCUUCAGAUUUUAUCCAAAGUGUGAUGCUCUUGACAACAACUUGUCUGAAUCUUUUAAUAACACACUUGUAAAAUGUAGGAGUAAGCCUAUUAUCCCUAUGCUAGAGUCCAUUAGGGUUGCCACAAUGAAACGAAUAGCAAAAAAGGUAAAAUUUGGGAAUAGGUGGCAAGGUAACAUUGGACCUCGGAUUAUGAAGAAGCUGAUGAUGAGAUCAAGAAGAGUGCAAGACUAACGAGGAAGUCAAGGGAAGUAGGGAACAGGAGAAAACGGUGAGCGAUCAUUGAAGGAAUGUCGAAACCUUUUCCUUCAAGCCUGGAAACUAUGUUGGUGAUUUUCCUUCGUUGGCAAAAAUUGGUGAAACCCUCAGCAGACGGAUGGACAGACGGCGUUUAAUUGAGAUGUGAGUGGAUGGCCAAAAGUUAUCUAAAUAAGUGAAUCAUGUGUUAAUUAGGUCCACUUAAAAGUUAAGUGUCCAAUUUGAGAUUCGUAAAUAAUCUUAGUGUCCCUUUUUAGCUUUAUCCCAAUCUAAAUGCCCAACAAGUCCCAUGGAAAGACAAACUCAAACCAGAGGAAGAAAAAGGACCCUAGUAAAAAAACCAAGCCUAAAAAAACAAGUAUGUCAAGUCAUGAAGGUGGUCACCCAGGACAAGAAGGUGGUCUCUCAGGUCAAGGAGGUUGUGUGGGAAGUCAACAACUUGUGUAGCUCCAAACCUAAUCAUAGGGUAAUUUUUAGUAUUUUUGUAUGGGUGUAAUCCUGUUUUGUAAAUGUAUUAAUUAUGGGUUAACAGUCCCAUAACCUGUGUGGCUGAAUGUGGCAUUUAGUUUAUUCAUUU